GCAUUGUUUUGUAUUCUUGGUACGUAAUCGCGGGAGUGGAGUUGUGCGUUAUGCGCACCGGUAGUGUUCAUGUUGUACAAUGCAAAUACGUGAUUCCCGCGCGAGUGUUUUAGAAUUUCAACAAAACAGUGUGAAUCAAAAUUACUGAGAGAAAAUUGUGUUUUACUGUUUAUAUGAUGGACUUAUGUGAUACAUGCUUAAAAAAAUAAAUAUUUUGGAUUUCCCUUGUGACAGUUUUAAAGAAUAUUUGAAGGAUGUCAAAUUUUCAACGAACAAGAAGCAAGGUUUGGUGGGGUGACGCACCGCCUAAUAUCGCCAGUCCCGUCGCUCAAGCCGAGUGGAACCAAAAUGAACGGAAAGACGAACAGAAUUGGGAGCCUCAGUUACCUCAUUGGAUAGCAAACCAACCGCAACAAAGGAAUGUUAGUGCUGAAAAUUUAGCGCCAGUGAAUAACAUGCCAAACCAGUGGCCCAACCGUCACGGUAGUCCGGGCAGUCACAAGAGUCAAGAUUCAGGAUUUUCCGACUCCGACAGCUCUCCGCCUGUAUCUCAAUAUUAUUCUACGCCUGAUAAUAGUGAUAAAGAUAAUAGCGAUAAAAAUAAAUCCACAAACAGUAGCGAUUCGAAUAACAAUGAAAAUGUUACUGUUAAACAAGUAAAUAACUCUAACAUAUCAAUUAAUGUUAACACCCCAACUCCAAUACCAAAGCCUCGAUUAAGAAGCAGUAGCGUAAUACAAACUCCUUAUGACUUACAAAAAUAUUGCGAAGUCCAUGAUGACGAAGAGCACAUGGAAUUGUUGAAAGAUAAAGAAACUGAAAACGCAAAUAAAGUUGAAUCAAAAUAUCCUUCUCCGAAAAAUAUUAACGAUGAAUCACAGAAUAAGGAGAAAGUCACUAAAACAAUAAAUAAAUCAGUGAUCUCGAACUCUGUCAAAAAUGUUAACACUUCGUCAACGUUUCCAAAUAUAAAUAAUAAUAAAGAAAAUACCCCAAAUACGAGUGCAAUACAAAUAGAUACCAAAGAUAUAUCUGUAAAAAAUUUGAAUAUUUUAAGUCCUUCUAAGAAAUAUCCGGUCAAAAAAUUUGUAUCCAGUACAGACAGUACCCAAAUGAGCAAAGUAGCUAAAGUCAAAGAUUUGGAAACCAGUAAAAAUAAAUCGGACGACAGUUUAGAAUACAUCAAGUUAUCACACAAUAAUGAAAUUGCGGUGAUAAACCAACCUAGAGUUCGGACACCAAUAUCUAAUGUUUCAUAUGUACCAACUGAAAGAAUUUCAGCAUCGAAACCAGAAUACAAACAAAGCAUAUCCAAUGAAGAAAAUAUUCCUAUUUCGACUACACCUAAAUUUCAGAGAAAUAGACUUAAUCAAUCAUUAAAUUUUGAAGGUCAAAGACUAGAUCAACAGAUAUUAGACAUUCAAGAAGGAUAUCAUUCCUUAGGGUAUAUUGAUGAAGAUGAACUUUCAAAACCAGAGAAAAUAUAUCCAAAAGAGCAAGUUCAUAAACCUGUUAAAGCGUUACUAGGCAAAAACAUUAUGGAUAGUCUUCAUUUAAAACCAACAAAGAAGCCUGGGCCUAAAUCUAAACAUCGAUUAGCUCUGAAAGGAGAAAAAAUAAAGGAUCAAUUCAAAUUUUUCGGCACAAAAAAGGAAAAGCCCAAUGUAGUCUCAGAUAAAGCUGGAGGGGUAUUAAAUGGAAGUCGAGUUCCAUCGUUAGGUCUACCAAGAACAUGCGAUCAAAACUCAUGGGUAAUCGUUGGAUAUCCAACACAACAAGAGAUGUUAAUACCGAGUUAUAAUGAAAGAUUGGUAGGGACGGAAAAUGGGAAAAAUGUUAAAGGACAAGACAAAGGUGCUUCUAAUGAAAAUAUCGAUAAAUGCCGAUUAACCCCACCACUACAAUUCCAAGAUAAACAGAGCUUUCCAUAUGAAACUGAUUCUAAAACUGACAAAUCUUUAACACACGAUUCCAAAAGGGAAAAGUUAAAAAUAGAUGACUUGAACUUUGGGGACGUUCAGUUAGAUUUAGGAUGUACCUCGACACCAAAAAUGCUAGCCCCUCAUGAGUAUAUGAACGGUGCUCAGAAUAGUAGAAAGAAAAAUUCUAGAAUAAAUCUAUUAGAGGACUUUAAUGGCGGGUUAGUAUUAAACAAUCGCAAUGAAAUAUUGUUCAGAGAGAGGAGUAUAGAUCAAACAACAUUGGAGAGAGUAUGCGACAGGAAACCCGAAUGUGUGCAAUAUUGGCUAUCGGAUUUGGUCGGGUCCUGUGAGAACGAAUGUAUGACGACUCUGCAGAGCAAACCUUUGGGCGCUGAAGUGAAAGCCUUGGUCUCUGCCAGCUCAGCGACGAUCACAGGGAACAUAAAGAAGGUUCAGACGCACGGACAGAUUAUAGUACAUCAGUAUAGUGAUGUUAUUAGACAAAUGGAUUCUAAUCAAAUAAGCGAAGAACAAAUUUGUCUCCUAGUAGCAAACAUCAACGAAUUCGUCCUAGCUCACAGCAUAACACUAAACACCAAACCGCCGGGCGAAACUCCGGAGAGAUGGGACAAAAUCAAAGUCUCCCUACAGAUGUACCUCCAAAAGCUCAUAGACAUUGGAGAAGACGUCAAAAUUGAGCUCAAUGAGAGUAAACCAGAGUGGAAUCUUGUACAGAAACAUUUGGACACGUUGAUUGAAAUAUUUUUGGAAACGACGAAAGCUGUAUUGGUGCAGCAAAUGAAGACUCUAGUAUCAAUAAUAGAAGAACCACCAUCUGAUUUGAUCUUAAAAAGCACGCUCACUUCGAUCGGUCACUUGGCAAUGCUGACAGAAGACAACGAGAGUUCUUUGCACGAGAAAUGCUCUAAAAUCAUGAAGAGCAUCACUGAACUGCCCUUCGUAGACUGUGGAGUACCCAGAGCAUUGCUAACAGCUAUCAUAGAAACUAAGAAGAGUUCUAUAAAAGCUCUUUCAUUGAGAGCUUUAGCCACGGUCUGCGUAACGGGUGACGCGGUCAAACAGUUUGAAGAGGGCGGUGGCAUAGAAAUCCUAUCAGACAUUCUCUCUGACCGAUCGAACCCAGAACCACAGAUGAGAGAGGCGAUCACCGUUCUCACUCAGAUCACGGCGCCGUGGCUACGCGGUCAUUACGACCUCACACAGUUACAUAUAUUCUUGAACAAUAUCAUUGAACAUAUUACUGGUCUUUUAUCCAGAACUGACUGCUGUCAGCUGUUACUGCUGUGCACAGCUUGCCUCGUGAACCUGGUGCGGGAGUUAGAGCUGGAAAGGAAAGAAGAUACCAAUGGCUCCGACAUCGUGUCGGUUAUAACUCAACACCGCACUGUGGAGAGAUUGCUGGACGCUGUGAAAAGACGUGGUCCGAAUAUUUCCGUGUUCCUACAGGAGCAAACAGCGUCGCUAUUGGCGUCUCUGUCGCGCGUACCGCGCUGCGUGCUAUUGCUGUCGCGCGCGUCGGUGGCGAGCGUGGCGCUCGUGUGCUUCGUGCGCGCCGUGUCGCCGCUGGCGCCGCGCCGCGCCGAGCAGCGCGCGCAGCACAGGCUGCAUUGCCACGCUGCUGAGGCUAUCUCUAGAUUGGUAGUAGUACCGGACGUAGCGCACCAAAUCAUUCAACUGGAGGGCGUUCCGCACCUAACCCGGUUGGUUAGGACGCAGCGAACUCGCCCCAGCCCCGACGGCAACCCAGACCAGAUCCUCAUACACUGUCUCAAAGCUCUGCGCACACUACACAAGCACCACCCUGAGGCAUUCACAGACCAAACGGACGUCGAUCAGAUGAUAAAACCCCAUUUGAUGGAGUCUUUGAUGCUUUUUUCCGCGAAACAGGAGAGUUACGUGUGAAUAAAUGAUGUUUGUUCUACCGAACACUAGAUGGCGCCACUUAGAUUUUACAUUUUCAGACCAAUUAACUUCUAUAAGACCUGCCUCACGAUCUUGCCUUGAUUAAGAUCAAACGUAUUUAUACAAACUGCGUCUAUAGAAUCGAUAUUUCAUUGUGUUAAAAUUACACGUGUGUGUAUAACGAUUUUAAAUUUAUAUUUGUGUGUAGUAUAUUUGUGUAUUGGUGUUAAAUAUUUUCAAUGUAAUAUGAGGUUUACCUCUAAAAAACGACAGGCAAUUUUGUUGGUUAAUUAGAGAUACAAGUCCAAUAGAAUAAUUGGUCUGAGAUUACAUUGUUUGAUAGAUUAAAAAUCAGUAACAAAUAUGUUUUUAUAUUGGGACUUUACUAUAGCACUAUUUAGCGAUUUAUUUAGUAGGUAUAUCCGGGAAUUUUCGGUAAAUUAUUAUCAACACGCGCCAUCUAGUGGUGAGUUCAAGCAUUAUAGAUUAUCGACCUUAUUGACUAUAGACAGCCCAAGACAAUUUUUUUUUACAGAUGACGAAUUUUGAGUGAUUUUAUAGACUAAAGUCUAGUAAUUCUUACUUUUUAUGACUUUUCACAUAAUUUAGAUUUCAGCUAAAAUUAUUCCAAAGAUAGUUUAGUUAUACUAUGUUUCCUUUUACAGUAUACUUAGUUAAAAGGAAAUUAUAAACUAGAUUUGACUGAAGAUUUAUAGUUAUAUUUUUAAUGUGCCUAGGGAUACUUUUCGAGCUAGUUUUUCAAGGCUUUGAGAGUUGGUUCUAGUUAUCUACUUAAUAUACUGAAUAGUAUUACAUAUGUAGAUACAUAAACAUGUUUUAUGUGUAUCAUAAAAAUCACCACAAAAAAUGCAGUAAUAUCCGGCCGCUCAGAGAUUGCGUUUUUAAUAGGUCGUGAUCGAAUGGAACAUAUUCAAUUACAAUUGCCUCGUUUUUUGUCUCACUACAAAGACAAACAGUUGGCAUAACCAUGUAACAUCGCAGUUCAACAACAUUGAACGCCAGUUUGAAGUUACAUCGCACAUUCGAUCACGACCUGUCUGGAACGCAAUCACUGAGCGGCCGGACAUUAGUCCAUUAUACCAUAGUCUAUAGGCAUAGACAAUUUGUAUAACUCCACUUAGGACUAUUAAUUAUUUUUGAAUUCCCGUGGGAUGCUUAUAUAAAAAUCCACGUAUUAUUUUGUUUAUCGUGCAUGCUUUUAAGGUUUAUUAAACCCCAGUUUUACUAUGUAAGUUAUUCUUUAUAUAUUUUUUUGACAAAUGAUGUUUCAUGCUUUUGUAUAUGCUAUAAAUUCUCUACUAUUAACAUAAGGCUUGGACUAUACGAUUUCAGUAAACCCAUCAAGUUUGGGUAUCAGUUAAAACUGACUUCGUCUAGUCCGAUCAUAGGACAUUAAAAAUUACGUGCACACAUCAGUUUUGUAUGUGUACUAGUUAUCAAUUUAACUCUUAGAGGAUUUUUCGUUUUUUGAUCAGUUAACGGCUGUUGUAUUCGAUCAUAAUUAUUUAAAUUUUUGUGAUAUUGUAGCGAACCUUCACCUGUCUUAUCAAAGUUGCUAUGUUGGCAGCAACUAUUAGCUGCCAACAUGACAAUUUUGUAAGCGACCAUAGACAUAUAGAAAAUAGUAGAGAUGGUCAUUCAAAAUAUUAUGAAACUAUUUUUUUUUACAAGCCACCAUCUCAUAUUAACCCUGUCAAAGUCAAUUCUUUUAAUUGCCACAAUAGUUUAUACCUUGAACAAACAAACAUACAGUGUGUACGUAAUUUUUAUGGAAGUAAGAGAAUCAUCUCUGGGAUUUUGCUGAAUGUGUCCAUUUUUUGUAAAUCCCUGCCUUUUAAUUAUAUGUACUUGUUUAAAACUACCUUUUAAGUUAUUUACCGGAGGCCAUACAUAUAUUUGCUAGUCUUAAAUUUUAUUAUUUAAUAACGCAACAUUAUCAACUUAAAUAAAAUCAAAUACGUAAAUACUGACUUCAGAAACGACAAUUAACUAAAUAAAAUGACAUUAAAUCUAUUAUAAAUAUAUUAUUUUUGGGAAUCUUAGCAACAAUAAAAUAUUUUGUCAAUUAACACAAAGUGAAAUUACCAACUUAGCUGGUGAGCAUACUUAUUCCUAUUAGCUGUGUUAUUCACUAACUUAUUUGUAUUUCACAGCAUUAUGUUAACCAAGCCUGUUGGACAAUCAGUACAUUUUACAUUGCAAAUUUUUCAACAAAAUAAAAAAUGUUUGGUAAAAAGCAAUAUCAAAAGCGACCGAGUUAGUGAAUAAACAGCAGAUGUCAAUAAUAUUGAACUUUUUGUCAUUUUAAGCAUUCCAUUUCCUUAAGCAAUUAGAAUAUAAACAAUAUCCUAACUUUCAUACUAUUUGAGCUAUUUAGGAAAAAACAUUGACAAAAUUAAUCUAUACUUAGGACUAUAAUGGAAACCCAAUGUAGUCAAAGUUUUUUUGUAGGACAUUUAUCUAAUUUAGACCCAAGUUAUGACCUUGAAAGUGAUUUUUUCGAGUUAAGUUAAAUGGUAUUUUUCAAAUAAAGCCCUUGAAAAAGUCGAUUUUGGUAUAUGUAAGUUGCGAUAAAUUGUAUGAAAUUUGUAAUUUGAUAAUCAAUUUAUUAAUUUAUUCUAUAAAUGUAUGAUCAUACUUGUAUUUUAUACUUAUAAGCAUAAAAUAAUCGUCUACUUAAAAACUUGUUUACCUCGUAAGUAAAUAUUACAUACCAUAUUGUAAUAUUGUAAAAAUAUAUUAUAACAGUACAUUUGGGGUGACCCUUGUUAUGUUUACAAAUAAAGUAUAUCGAUCAUUAUAAAAA